AUGGCUGCCUCGCCCACCUCCGUCGCCGCCACGUCGGAAAUCGACCACCCGAGCUCCCCCGCUGCACCGGAGGGCAAGUCUUUUGCUUCGCGCCCCGGCAGCGAUGAUGAAGAUGUCGGCGACGACACGCAGAUGACGGAGAAGCCCGGCCGCAAGGGAGGCCGAUCCUCGCAGCGUGAUGCUGCUGUGCAGCAAAUCGGCAAGAUUCGCCAUCUCAAGAAAGAAGACGGCGAGCCUCUGUGGCGUGUUGAUAUCCAAUACGACUUCCUCAAGGCCGUAUUCGACAACGAAGCCAAGGUCUUCACCAACUCGUACGAUCCGACGGUUGGCAAGCAGAACUUUGCCGACCUGUACAUUGAUACUAUGGCGCGCAGCAGCAAGACUAGCAAAGUUUUGCGUGAUAAACUGUUGAAUGACAGAGAGGCUGCCAAGGGCAUGGCCAUGGUCUGUCUGCUGGUCAACGUCGGCAGGAUGAACACCACUCUCAACUUCUUUCCGGAAAUGAGAGCUCAGCUGCGCACAUAUCACGCCAUUCCCUCCCUCCAGGCGCACCAAGACGCUCACGCCUACAAGCAACUGCAAGAUGCUCCGCGCUUAAAGUCCAUCCUCAAAGGCGGAGCGGAAGACCGCGAGGAGCCGAGCACGCUGCAAAAGCUCAAGGAAAUAGAAGAAUCUCCGCGAACGAAUCCCGUCAAUCUCAUCUUCAUCAUGUGCAAUGCCGCAAAGAAGGUAGCCGAUCUCCACUUUCCCGACGGCAACGAAUUCCACGACCUCAUCAUGAAGACACAAUACAGCAGCCCGUCUCGAGCCAUCGCUUUUCUGUGGCUCAUGUGGUUCCACCUCGAAUCUGAUUUCACGGAGGAGGGCUGUGAGGAGAACCCAUUUGGUAACGGUGUUGACUAUGAUGUUGGUGUCGCCAACCAAGGCGUUCCUCGUCUGGAGCUCUUGACGGAAGAAGAAAAAGCUCUUGAAAAUGUUGACACAGAAACCGAGAAGGAGUUUGGCAGAGAGAAGCAGCGCACCAGAGCCAAGAUUCUGGAGAUGGAUCAAGCCUUUAUCAACGACAGAGACACAAAACGCGGCAAAGCACGGGUUUCGCUAAACGAAGAAGGUCCUGCCAUCUUGCCGCGCAUACGCCCGUCCAAGCACGAGUCGGACAUGGACAGCACCCGAUCUACACCACCGCCACAGGGAGGCAGGGGCAGGGGUGGCGGCGGUGGUGGUCGGAGAAGCGCAGCCCUCAAGUACCAGAUCUUUGAGGGAUCGUCCCCGGCACGCCAAGGCUCUGAAGGGGUCAUUUCGCGCAAACCUCGCCCGCCUACCGCACACCAACUAGCCGUGGAGCGUAACCGAAGCCAGCGUGUCGAAUAUAUUCUGGACAAGGGCCUUCGAAGAGAACAGAGAAAGAGUCGCAAGUUACGCCGUCGCGAAGGCGCCAUCAUCAGAGCGUACAAGCGAAUUCAUGCCGCGGGAAACCCCGGCGACGAAAGCGACAGCGACAGCAAUCCACCUCGAAACUUGCGUGGAAAUGCAAACCUGAUUUUUCGUGAAACGGGCAUUGGUGGCCUCUGUCAGCUCUCUAAUGAGCCUGAUGACUUUGGCGAAGAGGUCAGCACGUACGCGGCGGCAUUCCGACGCUCCCACCGCAGACUUGUUCGCUGGCUGGGCAGCGACCAGGGUGUGGUUGCCCCAAUCAAGAAAUUUAAUCCCAACGCCGUUGACAAGAAUGGCGAUGGAGAGGAUCCCAACGGCUACGAUGAUCCCAACGGAGACUUGGCCAUGGAUGACAUGGAUUUGGACGAUGGAGACGGCGACGGUGACGGCGACGGUGAAGGUGAAGGUGAAGGUGACGGUGACGGUGAUGGUGAUGGCGAUGGUGAUGGUGAUGGUGAUGGUGAUGGUGAUGGCGAUGGCGAUGGCGAUGGCGAUGGUGAUGGUGAUGAGACUGCUAUGGGCGAUGGAGCGGAGCAGACCAUACUGGCCGAUGACGAAGCGGAUCGCACAGAAAUGAUGGGCGACUCGGACAUGGACUGA